AUGGCGUCCUCCGCUGCGUUACGCCCCGCCGACAAGGGCCCGGCUACGGCUCAUAUGGCCACGACGACGGUUAAGGUGGAUGGAAUGACUUGUGGCGCAUGUACCUCUGCGGUGGAGGGUGCGUUCAAGGGUGUUGAGGGUGCUGGAAAUGUUUCUGUCAGCUUGAUGAUGGGCAGGGCUGUGGUGCAUCACGAUCCGACACUACUGCCGGCGGAGAAAGUCGCCGCGACGAUUGAAGAUAGCGGUUUCGACGCCGCCGUUCUCUCCACAGAUACACCGUCGACACAAGCAGAUUCUUUGGUUGCUGCUAAGAAUGAGGGGCCGCGAUCCUCGACUACGACCCUGGCUGUCGAAGGCAUGACCUGUGGCGCAUGUACCUCUGCCGUCGAAGGAGGUUUGAACGGUGUGUUCGGCGUGGCAUCAGUCAGCGUUUCUUUGCUUUCAGAGCGAGCUGUGGUGGAACACGAUGCGUCAAUUAUAACUCCGGAUCAGAUCGCCGAGGUCAUCGAGGACCGGGGCUUUGGUGCAAAAGUGUUGAAUAUUUCAGAACCACAGGACGGUCUCCACGCGCAGGAAAAGACAUCGCAACCUCAGCUGGUGGCUACCACUGUUGCAAUCGAUGGCAUGACAUGUGGCGCAUGCACGGCGAGUGUUCAAGGUGUCUUCAACGGGGUGGAUGGCCUGGUUCAGUUUAACAUCAGUCUGCUUGCCGAACGCGCAAUCAUUGUCCACGAUCCCGCCGUCCUGCCAACGGAGAAGAUUACCACCCUGAUUGACGAUGCAGGUUUCGACACGACUGUCAUAUCUUCCGAGGCUCAAGUACCUGCCUCAAAAACCUCGAAUCAAAUUAAUUUGAGUCUACACGGUCCGCAGGAUGCUGCCUCGGUAACUGCAUUGGAAGAUUCUCUUGUCCAAACACCAGGAAUUUCCUCCGCAUCCGUGAAUGUGGCUUCGUCCCGUAUUGUGGUAUCAUAUGAUUCUUCUGUGAUUGGGAUUCGCUCUGUCGUAGAGGCGAUCGAGGCCGCUGGAUACAAUGCUCUCUUGACAGAUUCUGACGACACCAACGCGCAGCUUGAAUCUCUAUCCAAAACAAAGGAAAUUCAAGAAUGGAGACGCGCUUUCCUCUUUUCAACCUCAUUUGCAGUCCCUGUAUUUCUGAUCAACAUGAUACUUCCCAUGUACUUGCGACCCCUCGACUUCGGCAGCUUCGAGUUAUGUCCAGGCCUUUACCUUGGGGACCUCGCAUGUCUUUUUCUCACUGUCCCCGUCCAGUUCGGCAUCGGCAAGCGCUUCUAUGUCUCGAGCUAUCGAUCACUCAAACAUAAAUCACCGACUAUGGAUGUUCUCGUCAUGCUAGGUACAUCAGCCGCUUUCUUCUACAGCGCGUUUACCAUGCUGGUCUCCAUGUUCCGCAUGCCCCAUACUCGUCCCAGCACUGUAUUUGACACAAGUACCAUGCUCAUCACAUUUAUUACACUUGGACGAUGGCUGGAAAACAGAGCCAAAGGCCAAACGUCCGCAGCUCUGUCUCGACUCAUGUCUUUGGCCCCUUCGAUGACUACGAUAUAUGAUGAUCCAAUAGCGGCUGAGAAAGUCGCCGAAAAAUGGCAACCCGCCAGCUCUGGCUCCAAAAAGCAAGACCCAACCCCCUCGAAUUCUGAUGCAUCAGGCCCGGGAUACAAGAUCAUUCCCACCGAAUUGAUUGAAGUGGGCGACAUCGUCCUGCUCCGUCCGGGCGACAAAGUUCCUGCAGACGGCGUCGUCAUUCGAGGCGAGAGCCAUGUUGAUGAGAGCAUGAUCACCGGUGAAGCCCUUCCAAUCCGCAAGAAGAAAACCAGCCUCGUCAUCGCGGGAACAGUGAAUGGCACUGGAUCGGUUGACGUCAAGGUCACCCGUGCUGGGAAGGACACGCAACUGAGUCAAAUUGUGAAGCUGGUCCAGGAUGCCCAAACGAGCCGCGCUCCCAUCCAGCGCAUGGCCGACGUUGUUGCCGGCUAUUUUGUUCCUGCUAUCAUCAGUCUCGGCUUGGUCACCUUUUUCGGUUGGAUGUUCAUGAGCCACGUAUUGUCAGACCCCCCGAAGAUCUUCCUCGCUGAGAGCAACGGAGGUAAAGUGAUGGUUUGCUUGAAGCUUUGCAUUUCGGUCAUUGUCUUUGCUUGCCCAUGUGCUCUAGGCCUUAGUACCCCGACGGCUGUCAUGGUUGGCACCGGAGUGGGUGCACAAAACGGCAUUCUUGUCAAGGGCGGCGCCGUGCUCGAGGGUGCAACCAAGGUGAACCACGUGGUUUUUGACAAAACUGGAACAUUGACGACCGGUAAAAUGAGCGUCGCUGAGGCUCAAAUUGAGCCUCAUUGGUCUUCAAAUGAAUGGCGCCGUCAGUUAUGGUGGUUGAUUGUGGGUCUCGCGGAAAUGAGCAGCGAACAUCCCAUCGGCAAAGCGAUUCUAUCAGCGGCUAAGAAUGAAUCAGGCCAUCCUGGAGAUGAUGGACUGCCCGGUAGCUUAGGCGACUUCGACGCUUGUGUUGGUAAAGGCGUAUCUGCUCUCGUCGAACCCAACGGUGUGGAGCGCGUACAAUAUCGUGUUCUACUUGGCAAUGCUGUUUUCUUGCGGUCCAGGAAUAUCCAGGUUCCUGACUCGGUCGAUCCAGACUCACAGGAACCUACAAACCAAUAUGAUAACCCAAGCCCCAAGCCCGAUACACAAGCUGGCAUUACCCGAAUCCAUGUGGCGAUCGAAAACCAAUAUACCGGUACCAUCUCGCUCCGUGACACCGUGAAGACGACUGCAGUGGCUGCAGUUGCAGCCUUGCAUCGCAUGGGCAUGAGCACCUCGCUUAUCACAGGUGACACAUACUCGACUGCCGUUUCCAUUGCUACCGCUGUCGGUAUCUCCACCGAGGCAGUCCACGCUUCAGUCUCUCCCUCAGACAAACAAUCGAUCAUCUCCUCACUGCAGGCCUCAGGCGAACGCGUCGCAAUGGUUGGUGACGGUAUCAACGACUCUCCGGCCUUGGCCUCGGCCUCGAUCGGUAUUGCGCUUGCUUCUGGAACGGACGUUGCGAUGGAAGCCGCAGAUAUUGUCAUCAUGCGGCCAGACGAUCUCCUUUCGGUGCCAGCCAGUCUGUUACUCUCCCGGUCAGUUUUCAAACGUAUCAAGCUGAACCUUAUGUGGGCUUGUCUAUACAACAUUAUCGGCUUGCCGUUCGCCAUGGGUCUAUUCCUUCCAUUUGGCGGCAUCAUGUUACCACCCAUGGCCGCAGGCGCAGCCAUGGCUGCGUCGAGCAUUUCCGUCGUGGCGAGCAGUCUUCUUUUGAAAUUCUGGAAACGACCACGAUGGAUGAAUGCCGAGCGGUUAGAGAAAGAAUUGGAAUUGGGCAGCAUGAGCCUCGCGGGCGCUCAGAAGAGCUGGUGGAUGGCCGCUUUGUCAGUCACCGGAUCCCAUGGCUCGAGACAUCCAUUACGAUGGGCCAAGGAUGCCGGUGCUGCCCUCUGGUCAAGUGCCACGGGUAGGAGAUCCACGACUCACGACGAAGGAGGAUACGUUCCUCUCCGGACCGUGGAGCCAGCUGUCUAA